UAUUUACCCCGUAAAUUUACGUCUUCAUCUUAUAUAUCCUCAUCGGCUGUUGAUCAAAGUCGACUGGUUUUGAAUCGACUGUGCAAUUUCGAGGAGAGAAUUAGGCGUUUGGAUCGGAGAUGAGUUAUCAGAAAGUGCCGCGCGAAGAUUACCCUCCUCCAGGGUACGGGACGGUGUACCCUCCGCCGUCGGCGUAUCCGUCCGCGCCACCUCAGCCACCGCCAGAGGGGUAUCCGUAUCCUCCUCCGUCACCGCACGAGGAUUAUCCAUAUCCGCCUCCGUCACGGCACGAGGGUUAUCCAUAUCCGCCUCCGUCACGGCACGAGGGUUAUCCAUAUCCGCCUCCGUCACGGCACGAGGGAUAUCCUUACCCGCCCCCUCGGCCGACAGGGUAUCCGUACCCGCCUCCGCCUCCGCCUCCGCCGCAGCAGCACGGUGGUGGAUAUCAAGGAUAUUUCAAUCAUGGAUCUCCGCCUUCCUACCACGUUCACCAUUGUGAUCACGAUGAUGGUUCCUCCUUUUUCCGAGGCUGGUGAUUUGUUUAAUGAGCAGUCUUGCUGCCCUUUGUUGCUGUUGCGUGCUGGAAGAAUGCGGCUUCUGAGUGAUGGACUUUACUGUGCAAGACGAGGACCUCAUGGAAAUACUAUUAUUUGUUUUAUGACAAUGUCUACUCGUAUAAUUCUUGUCAUUAAGUAAACUAAACUGUAUUUGUAAUCUUGGCAAUAUGUAAGUACUGUUGAAUUGGAUUCUGGACGUAUAGAACCUCGUGGAAAUACAAUUGGAUUGUCUUCUCGUAUA